AUGGCGCCGACUAAGUCACUUGCCGAACUGUGCAUUGCUAUGUGCCAGAGACACAUCACAGAACUCAGCAGUGUCGGCAAUGGCGACGCCCUCCAAUACCACCAUGUUCGCGAAAUCCUCCUCAGAGUCACGAACCCGGCUCAGCUCCGAGAGAUCGAGUUAAACUCCCCUUUCAUACAGGGCGAAACCUCCGAGCUUUGGCUGCGCCUUAUCAAGAAGGAAUUUCCAUCCGAAAGCCACGAAAAGAAUUACGCGCCUAAGAAUCCGUCAAAGUGGUACAAGAUAUACGAGAGAUAUGCGGAGGAACGCCGCGAGGCUCAGCAACAGGCUGAGGCCGAGCUUCUCGCCAGGGUCCAGGGGCUCCAGCAGAAGAAGGACAACAACGUCAGCAGAAUCGUAGACCCCAAGUUCGCUAGGUUUUUGCCCAAGCCACCCAAGACCGGUCGCACCUUUUCAACGCAGCCUCGAGGAAAGAGGGAGCUCCCGAGUUCCCUGAGCUGGGCCGCCGGAAGCAGAAUGAAGAUGACGACGGGCGCCAGCGUCAUGAAGAAAGCCCGUAGAGAGGCUAAAGAGAUUGUCGGCAUAAGAAGCACCAUGGCUGUACCAACUGGCAUGAUCAGGGCCCCUCGAUUGAAACAGGCCCCGCCCUCGAUGGCUGCUGAGCACCGAAUCUCAAGCCAACCAGUCUUUCGGCCAACAUCUACCAGCAGUCGCCCGCCCACACAUUCCACAUAUGUCACUCCCCAGUCCAAAGCCACAUACGUUUCCGAUUCAUCAGACGGCGAAGACGGUGAUUUGUUCAGCGAUGAGGGAACGCCGAAGAAGAACAAGAACAUAGUAUCUUCCUCUCGCCACAGUCGGGAUACGGCAGCUUCCUCCAUGCCUACAAACCCUUCCCAAUCCUCAGCAUACAAGGAUCGCAAUUCUUCCACAUCUGCAAGAUCUACCUCUAGUUCGCAAACAUCGGGCUUGCGACGUGGGGGUGGUAUUCUCGGAAACGCUGCUCGGCCCAAAAGCAAUAUCAGAGUUGAGCGUCCACCAACCAGACCCGAGCCAUCAUCCUCUGCGAGUAUGGAUUAUUCCCGCACGCACAAAGUACUUGCUCAGAACAGCGGCCCGCAAUCUCCUCCUUUGCCAGCGUCGUUGGACGAAGCGCAACAAGCUCGUCCAAUUCUGGGCAAUCAGGAGCUGCCCAGAAAGAGAAAGGCUGUCGACAUUUUCAUGCCGAAAAAGAAGACUAGACGCUGA